AUGUGGGAGCCAAAGUGCCGCCGUGAAGCUGCAGCAGUUCUUGGAUACUGCGCUUGCAGAGCACAGUUCUUAGCCAUGCUAGAUGUGGCUGGCGAGGACCUCCGAUGUUUGGGCCACGACCUGUACCGAGACUACUUUGAGGAUGUCCGGCAGCAUGUCGAAAACCAGACGUUGCAGGAGGGCAUCCUGGGCUCACGUGUGGAGAAGCUGGUGGCGAACUUGGCGCCCAGCCUCAUGGGGAGCUGCCCAGAGGUCUCUCUUCUAGGUCGUAUUGUGGUGGUGGAGCGGAUCUGCCAGAGCCUUCUACAGAACCCACUUUCGGCAGAUGCUUCAGACAGGCAGGAAGUCCUCCUACAAGACGUGAAGGAUAUGAUCCCAAACUUGGAGGCCAACCUGAGAAUUGGAUAUCUCACGCAGCUGCCUGAGCUCAUUGUAUCUCACCUUCUGGAGGGUGCUUGCGGGAAGAUGAUCCAGGCUGAGCGGGAUGCUGGCGAAAUGCAUGGAGUCUUAGAGCCCAGCUAUCGUUGGCCCCAGCCGCAUUUGGCCGACGAAUCGUUAAAGCAACGCGGCCUGGACUGUGAAGAGGCGGAGCUCAUCCAGGUUGGUGCGGAGCCGGCAGAUGCCAUUGGAUGGGACAAGACUCCUUUAUUCUUCGCCGAUUUGGAUCACCCAAUGCCCUAUGAUGGCCGCCUCACCAACCUCGAGUUUCCCUUUGUAUCCGAAGAGGACCAGGAGAUCCGCCUCGAUGUGAUCCUCCUGCGGCCGCGCAUCAGCGCUGGGCGUUCGGUGUACGUGCGCCGGGGCACCAUGGUGUUCGCCGGUGACAUGGUGAGGGAGGAGCUCUUCGUUUGGCGCGGGGACAUCCUGGCCUUUGCUGGAACUGGAGCUCGCAUGCUCUAUCGCAACUGCUCCAGCUGCCAUGCUGCUGUGCUCCCAGUGAUGCAGUCCUCACACUUCCUCAAGGUGCAGAAGCAAGAGAACAUCCAGCUGGGCGCCACCCUUCCCAGGGCCUACAGCUGGUCAGCAGAGCUCGCGCCCAUGCGGUGCCGAUCGACCGGCUGGCAUCCUCCGAGCGCCCCUUUGCCGCCCCGACGCCCCGCGCGCUCACCCAGCAGCUCGGCAGCGUCCUGCACCGGUCAUAACUGGGUGACGCGCAGCUGCCGCUUCCGACGGAUGUGCUACGAUGUCGAGGCGGAAAGUUUUGAGUUCUAUGGAGGCCCAAGCGAGGACUACAUGGUGGGCCUCUCGAUGUUCAGCGAUAGCCGCAUGACCUGGAAGCCCAAUCUGGUGGAGGCUCGCUGGCGUGAACCCGAAGGGUCCGUGCCAAGUCUUGAAGAGGAGCAAGAUGGAGCAAGCAUGCUGACAGGUGACUCUUGA